AUGUCUCUGGAGAAUCACACCACAAUCACUGAAUUCAUUUUUCUAGGAGUCACAAACCGAACAGACCUGCAAUUGCCCCUCUUUAUCCUGUUCCUUAUUGUCUAUAUUGCCACCAUAGUAGAAAAUCUGGGCAUGAUCUUUCUGAUAAGGAGUGACUCACAGCUUCACACUCCCAUGUAUUUCUUCCUCAGCCACUUGGCUUUUGUGGAUCUCUGUUAUUCUUCCACCAUCACCCCCAAAAUGUUGGUAGAUCUCUUGUCAGAGAGAAAGAGCAUUGGGGUUUCAGGCUGUGCAACCCAGAUGUUUCUCUUUGUUGUAUUUGGGAUUACUGAGUGCCUCCUGCUAGCUGGAAUGGCCUAUGACCGUUAUGCGGCAAUCUGCAACCCCUUGCUCUAUUCAGUUAUUAUGUCUGAGGAAAGGUGUGCCUGGCUCGUUGCUUGUUCAUAUGGAGUUGGACUGUUCCAUUCAAUUACCCACACCACAUUCACUUUUACUUUGUCCUUCUGCAGAGCAAAUAAAAUAAAUCAUUUCUUCUGUGAUAUUCCUCCACUUCUCCAGCUUUCUUGCUCUGAUACCCACAUAUAUGAGAUGGUGAUCUUUGCUUUGGUUAGUGUAAAUUGUGUGACCACCACAAUGACCAUUGGUAUUUCCUAUAUUUGCAUACUCGUUACGGUUUUGAAGAUACGCUCCCCAGAGGGCAGACACAAAACCUUUUCCACCUGCACCUCCCACUUGAUGGUUGUUACACUGUUCUAUGGGACAAUUUUCUUCAUGUAUCUCCGACCCAGCUCUGCAUACAGCCUGGAUCAAGACAAGGUCGCCUCCGUGUUCUACACAGUGAUGAUCCCUAUGUUGAACCCCUUGAUCUAUGCCCUGAGGAACAAGGAGGUUAAAUGUGCCCUCCAACGAGCGAUUGAGAGGAUGUUAUCACUGUGA